UCGCCAGCGACAGAGUGAAACAAACAUGGCGACAGAAUGGAGCGGGCAGCAAGGCUACGUUCUAACUCUAAUCGUUUUCCUUUGGAGUGCAGUCGAGGGACGCACCGAAACGGCCACGUCGAGUGUCAGCAACAGCGGGACCCAGGUGCUCGGUAUGCGGCUGGAGAGGAGCGACAAACCGGCUACGACCACUGACGACGGGGUCAUACAGGUAACGGAGGAGAGCACAGUGCAGCUCCGGUUCUACGGUGUGCAGCUCAACUCGGGCACCUGGGCGCAGAUCCGCUUCACGGAACGAGGGGAUGGGAGCGAUGAGGGGGGGGACAAUAACAUUAUUGACGACACACCUAACAGGACUUGUGUUGAUUUCACCAAAGACUUCAGCAUCGCGACCUACAUGAACAUCAGUAGCCGGGGGACCACAGGGAUACUCAGCAUAAACAUUAAACCCCUUCGAAAGAGCGAGCCGCACAAGGAAUAUGGGUUGUGCACCAAGAGUUUGGCCAAUGGCAGGUGGGCUCUGCUCGGGGAUAGCGACGGGAGACUCCGGGUGGUAGAGGGGGAGAAAACUCUCCUCCCCCUGUGGUUCCAGAUCAUCCUUAUCUGUUGUCUGUUGGUGCUGUCUGGCAUGUUCAGCGGGCUGAACCUGGGGCUCAUGGCUCUGGACCCCAUGGAGCUCCGUAUAGUCCAGAGUUGUGGUUCAGAGAAGGAAAAAAAAUAUGCCCGCAAAAUUGAGCCCAUCCGCAGUAAGGGGAACUACCUUCUCUGCUCGCUGCUGCUUGGCAAUGUCCUGGUCAACACCACACUCACCAUCCUCCUGGAUGACUUAAUAGGCUCUGGGCUGGGCGCCGUGGUCGCCUCCACAGUGGGUAUCGUGAUUUUCGGCGAGAUUGUCCCUCAGGCGCUGUGCUCUCGCCAUGGGCUGGCGGUGGGUGCCAACACCAUCCAGGUGACCAAGUUCUUCAUGUUGCUCACCUUCCCCCUCUCCUUCCCCGUCAGCAAGCUCCUAGACGUGCUCCUAGGCCAGGAGAUUGGCACUGUGUAUAACCGCGAGAAGCUGGUGGAGAUGCUCAGGGUGACAGAACCGUACAACGACCUGGUCAAAGAGGAGCUCAACAUGAUUCAAGGAGCUCUGGAACUCCGGAGUAAGACGGUUGAGAGCGUGAUGACUCCGUUGGCACACUGUUUCAUGAUCCAGAAUGAUGCGGUCCUCGACUUCAACACCAUGUCAGAGAUCAUGGAGAGCGGCUACACGCGUAUCCCCGUGUUUGACGACGAGCGCUCCAACAUCGUGGACAUCCUGUACGUGAAGGACCUGGCGUUCGUGGACCCUGAUGACUGCACCACCCUGAAGACCAUCACUAAGUUCUACAACCACCCGGUCCACUUUGUGUUCCACGACACUCGACUGGACUCCAUGCUGGAGGAGUUCAAGAAAGGUAAAUCCCACCUGGCCAUCGUUCAGAAGGUGAACAACGAGGGGGAGGGGGAUCCCUUCUACGAGGUGCUGGGAUUGGUCACCUUGGAGGACGUAAUCGAGGAGAUCAUCAAAUCAGAGAUCCUGGAUGAGUCCGACCUUUAUACUGACAAUAGGAACAGAAAGAAGGUGGACCCUAACAAGAGAACGCGUGACUUCUCUGCUUUUAAACACACGGAGAACGAGUGCAAGGUGAAGAUCUCUCCCCAGUUGAUGCUGGCUGCGCAUCGCUUCCUGGCUACAGAGGUGAGUCUGUUCAGUCCCUGUCAGGUCACUGAGAAGGUGUUACUGAGGAUCCUGAGGCACCCUGAUGUCAUCCAGGAGAUCAAAUUCAAUGACGGCGACAAGCGAUCCGCUCUACAUUACAUCUACCAGAGAGGCAAACCUGUCGACUACUUCAUACUCAUACUGCAGGGGCGAGUGGAGGUGGAGGCUGGAAACGAGAACAUGAAGUUUGAGACAGGACCCUUCUCCUACUAUGGAGUCAUGGCUCUUAGCUCACCAUCACUGGUCAGCAGGACAGGACAGGGCAGAGCAGAGCAGCCUGGGACAACGUCACUCAGUUGACAGGCCCUGUUCCAAUAAGGUAAGGGUUAAGAUGAAGUUACAUGCAUAUUAUGCGUCUUUCCUUUCUUCCUUUCUUUCCUUCCUUCCUUGGUCUCUUCCUUGGAAUACUCACUGAUCUGGUUUCCUCAGUACUGCUUUCACCAGUGACAUGGAAGGAAGGAAGGAAGGAAGGAAGGAAGGAAGGAAGGAUGGAGGGAAAGAAAGAAGGAAGGAAGGAAACAUUAUCGUCAGAUAAUUUCUUCAGACCUGUGGCAGAGCUGGACUCUACAGUACCGACUGAGGAAGAGGAGGAAUAGAGGAGGAAGGAAGAAACUUGCUGGAUGGGGCUCUAGGUGGAGCCACUCUGCUCCACGGCACUACUUCUGAUAUCUGACCUCUAACCCCUACUAGUUGCCCUAACCACUGGUCCAGGGUCAGAUGUUUCCUUAUUACCGCAUUGGUUACAUUUUGGGUAAUCUGAUACUAGGUCUGUGGUUAAAGGCAUCUUCUACUGUAUCUUGUGCGACUACCUGAUCCUGUCACUAGCAUAGAAUUAGAGUUCUAUGGUCACUACUCACUCACUUCACAGAAAUCACCAAACUACUUCUGACCCACUCACUACUUCCUGUACCAUAUAGUUCCCUAACCCCUUCCCCUAGGCACUAGAUCUGAAAAGAGCAUAGGCAAUAGGAUGACAGUUCAACCCAGCCUACCAAAAGACACGGUGAUACUAUUACCAAUUUGUCAAUAUCUAUCCAAUGUUUUUAGAUGUGUGCCUAGAAGGAACGAGCUAGGGGUCAAAAUUGGAACAGGGCAUGCAUCACUCACUACACACUCCUUAACCCCAACUUACCCAACCACAAGCACUCAUACACAGUUACGACCCCCCAAUUCCCCCCAUGCCAAUCAGAGCCUCAUUUGCAUGGCAUGCCUGGCGAGCCAAUCUCUGAGCCACGGUGAACGCUCAGGAACACCAAAACGCCCACAGGUGACUUGGUUAAGCAUAGAACCAUCGUUGAUUGGUUGCCAUAAUGCCAUUUCUCCUGAUCCUGGCUGUUGAUUGGUCCCCAUCACCCCCUAUCCUUGAUGUGAUAUGGGGAAGCCUGGCACCUGAUAAAAUCCCUCCCUCCCAGCAUAUAAUCAUAAUUUAACCCCACCCUCCUCUGUAAUCACCAAUCAUACUCAACCUUCAUCUUUGGGUGUGCAUACGUUUGUGUUGCUGUGUUGUGCAUAUACCUGUUGCUCUCUGUGAUGCUGUGUGUAUACAUUUGCAUCGCUGUGUGUACAAUGCCGUGAAAACUAUUUGCCCCCUUUCAAACAUUCUCGAUUUUAACAUAUUUUUAUCAGAUCUACAACCAAAACCUCAUUUUAGAUAAAGGGAACCUGAGUGAACAAAUAACACAACAUGGUGAUACUUGUUUAACUUAUGCGACACCCAAUGCCGCUGUGUGAAAAGUUGUUGUACCCUUACACUCAGUGAACUGGUUGUGCCAUCUUUAUCUACAAUGGCUGCAACCAAACGCUUCCUGAAGUUGUUGUACCCUUACACUCAGUGAACUGGUUGUGCCAUCUUUAUCUACAAUGGCUGCAACCAAACGCUUCCUGAAGUUGUUGUACCCUUACACUCAGUGAACUGGUUGUGCCAUCUUUAUCUACAAUGGCUGCAACCAAACGCUUCCUGAAGUUGUUGUACCCUUACACUCAGUGAACUGGUUGUGCCAUCUUUAUCUACAAUGGCUGCAACCAAACGCUUCCUGAAGUUGUUGUACCCUUACACUCAGUGAACUGGUUGUGCCAUCUUUAUCUACAAUGGCUGCAACCAAACGCUUCCUGAAGUUGUUGUACCCUUACACUCAGUGAACUGGUUGUGCCAUCUUUAUCUACAAUGGCUGCAACCAAACGCUUCCUGAAGUUGUUGUACCCUUACACUCAGUGAACUGGUUGUGCCAUCUUUAUCUACAAUGGCUGCAACCAAACGCUUCCUGAAGUUGUUGUACCCUUACACUCAGUGAACUGGUUGUGCCAUCUUUAUCUACAAUGGCUGCAACCAAACGCUUCCUGAAGUUGUUGUACCCUUACACUCAGUGAACUGGUUGUGCCAUCUUUAUCUACAAUGGCUGCAACCAAACGCUUCCUGAAGUUGUUGUACCCUUACACUCAGUGAACUGGUUGUGCCAUCUUUAUCUACAAUGGCUGCAACCAAACGCUUCCUGAAGUUGUUGUACCCUUACACUCAGUGAACUGGUUGUGCCAUCUUUAUCUACAAUGGCUGCAACCAAACGCUUCCUGAAGUUGCCGAUCAGUCUCACGCCUCCAGUACCAGUCAAAAGUUUGGACACGCAUGCAUUCGAGGUGUCUACCUCAUGAAGCUAGUUGAGAGAAUGCCAAGAGUGUGCAAAGGGUCUGUACCCGGCUCGGUCUGGACUUUGACUAGUUCAUUCCAAAACAGAACAAAAUAUUCAGCCAUUCUGAUGCAGACUUGCGUGUGUGAUUUUGAUCGUUGUCUUGCUGUACUUUCACUUCAAACCAUGCACCUAGUGCCUGAGAUUCUCCCUCUGUAAGAUGGAGCAACUGCUUUUCACACAGGGGCGUUGGGUGUUGCAUAACUUGGUUUCUGAAAUAAAAGUAUCAAAAUGUUAUUUGUCCACGUUUUCAUGGCACUGUAGGUGUGACGGCACGUGUUGCAUGUUCACUAACCGCCAGUAUCCAUCUAGUGAUCCAAACCAUGCUGUAGUGUUUUUCAUUAACUUAAUGUCUCUGUCGUUGCUGCCAGCCGUGCCAAAUACUGUUUAUGUUGCUCUGGCUGCUCUCACUAUAAUCAUAUCCUCCUACUGUCUACCCCAUCAAUGGACAAUCUCAUUCUCUUUUCAUGUUAUUUGCUUUAAUUCACUGUUCUGUGUGCGCCUGAAUGUGCAUGUGUGUGUUUAUGUACUGUGUGUGCCCGUGGGAAUGUGCGUGUUUGUGUACUUCGUGUGUGUGGGUUAUCUCCAGCUCACCCUGUCUCUCCCUCUCCGUAUCUCAGAGUUCCGUUCUCCUACUCACGCGAGCGGUCUGAACCGCUCUGCGUCGCUAAGCUGCACUGAGCGUGGCGCUUCCGGAGAAUGCGGCUCAGUAACUGCUAGCAACACGCAGCUCACCGCCUGCCAGUACACACCAGACUUCU